AUGAUAAGAUGCUUCGUUAAUUAUUCCAAAAAUGUUGUUCCGUUUACUCGUCUCGCGAUCCAAUUACACUCAAAAACUUCAUUGAGGACAUAUGCUGUUCCCACAAACAUUGAAUUGGAUCAAAUUUUUAAUGCCAGGGGGACCGUGAGAACAAGAGAGCGAACAAAAACUGCGAAAUCGACGUUGGAUCGGAGAGCCGAUAACAAAAGAGAGAGAGAGAACUUAAAAGGGAAACAAUCGGAUGGAUUCAAUAACGACAAGGAGGAAAGUAAUGAAAAUAAACAGGAACCUUCUGAUGAGGAUCGAAGGAGGGAAUUAGUAAACAAGAUGCGAAAGUUCUUCGCUGUUGCUCUUUUCUCCUAUGGAGUUUUAUAUAUGAUUAGUCCAAGUUCCGAUGGACCUGCAGGCGUAGUUGGAACUACUUGGAGUGAUUUCGUCAACAAUAUACUACCUACUGGACAAAUCAGUAAAAUCAUAGUCUUCCCAGAGAAAGAAGUGGCUUUCAUCUACAUGUAUGCUGGUGCAAAAAAUCUCAGAGGGGAGCCUUUAGAAGCGUUGUACAGGAUUUCGAUUCCUUCAGUUCCAAGAUUUGAGUCGGAAGUGCGCGCUGCGGAAAUGGCUAUCGGACUUCCUCCUGAGCACUGGACUCCCGUACAGUUCCGACGAAUGGAGUCUGUAGCUCAAUGGUUCACCCUGAUACUAGCUUCUGGCCUAAUCAUAGGAGCUUUUCUACUUUUCAGAAAAUUCAAGGGAGCAUUCAACUUGAGUGAUAUGAUGUCUAACGUAACGAAAACAAAGUUUAACAUCAUUGAUCCUCAUAGCCCCGAAGGUAAAAAACAGCUCAAAAUAAAGUUCAAGGAUGUUGCUGGAUGUCACGAAGCAAAACAAGAAAUUUCAGAGUUUGUUGAUUAUCUCAAAAAUCCUACAAAAUACACUCGAUUGGGGGCAAAGUUACCCAGAGGAGCUAUACUCACUGGCCCUCCUGGUUGUGGUAAAACUUUGUUAGCCAAAGCUUUAGCAGCUGAAUCAACUGCUCCUUUUAUCUCUAUGAAUGGUUCGGAGUUUGUUGAGAUGAUUGGAGGGCUUGGAGCUUCUCGUAUCCGAGGGCUGUUCAAAGAGGCUCGUGCUAGGGCUCCUUGUAUAGUAUACAUCGAUGAAAUUGACGCUGUUGGUCGAAAAAGAAGUGAAGGUGGAGGAAAGUCAGGCGGUGUUGGCGGAGGAUCAAACGAAGAAGAACAAACAUUGAAUCAACUAUUAGUUGAAAUGGAUGGAAUGGGGAGUGGUCAAGGAAUAAUAGUUUUGGCUAGUACCAAUAGACCUGAUAUUUUGGAUAAAGCUCUAUUGCGUCCUGGCAGGUUUGAUCGUCAUAUCUCUAUCGACCUGCCCACUGUUAUAGAGAGAAAGGAGAUGUUUGAACUAUAUUUGAAAAGAAUUAAGCUGGAUCAUUCGCCUCAAGGCUAUUCUCAGCGCUUAGCUCAAAUGACACCUGGUUUUUCUGGAGCUGAUAUUUUCAAUGUGGUUAACGAAUCUGCCAUCCGAGCUGCAGCUUUGCAGCACAAACUGGUUUCUAUCAAAGAUAUAGAAUAUGCUCUAGAUCGAGUACUAGCAGGAGCUGAAAAACGUUCGCGCACGUUAGUCGAGGAAGAAAGAGAGGUUGUUGCCUAUCAUGAAGCCGGGCACGCUUUAACAGGCUGGUUGCUAGAACAUACAGACGCCCUACUCAAGGUCACGAUAAUUCCUCGGACAUCUGCAGCUCUGGGGUUCGCACAGUAUAGUCCGAAAGACAAGAAAUUAUAUAACAAGGAAGAGCUGUUCGACAGAAUGUGUAUGAUGUUAGGAGGAAGAUGUGCAGAGAACUUCAAAUUCGGGCGUAUUACCACAGGGGCUGAGGACGAUUUGAAAAAAGUCACGCGUUCAGCUUAUUCGCAAGUAAAAGUUUACGGCAUGUCGACUAACAUAGGGCCUUUAUCUUUUCCAACAGGGGACGAUUUCAAUAUCAAACCGUAUAGCAAAAAAAUGGGAGCUGAGUUUGAUCAGGAAGCGUCUGCCAUAGUUGGUCAAGCUUACAAAAUGACCGAUACAUUAAUAAGAAAAAAUGCUGAUAAGCUAGAACUUAUCGCGCAAUCCCUGUUGAAGCAGGAAGUGUUAUCGUAUGACGAUGUCAGAAAGCUCAUUGGGCCUCCUCCUUUUGGGGAUAAGUCUGUUGUAGAUUUUGUGGAGUCUGUCCUUCCAAAAGAGAAUGAUCAAUAG